AUGUCGCUUGCUGAGCAGGACACCAAACCGGCGAUGGACGCAACAGUCGCCCAACCUCAAGGUGGCAUAUUUGGCCUGGACCGCAAAGCCAUGGAAGAAGAACGCCUAGCUAGAGCUGCUUCGCGCAAGAGAGAACGGUCCAUCUCGCCACCAACGACAUCCAGGAAGGCGCCAAAGGUCGAGCAGACAGAGCUUCAGGAGACUACGAUCACAAUGAACAGUGGCGCCAUGCUGAAGAUGUUCUCGUCCGGUGUACAGCAGCAGCAGCAAGACCGCAAGCCUGCUACCGCAAAUAGAGCGAUCAAUGAGAUGAAGAAGGAGCACUCGCCGGGCAAGAUCAAGUCUGAACCGCAGGAAGCCACAGGCAUCCGACCAGAGUCCUUACCUUCUGGCUCCUUGAAAUAUCCAUAUGGAGUGAUCAAGAAGACUUGGGCUUUUGGUCACGAGCGGACAGGCAACGAGGUGAAGAUCGAAGAGGUGCUCGAGGCGUCGACCCUCAAGACCGCAGUGCUUUCUGCAUUUCAAUGGGAUACGGACUGGAUUCUUCCUAAGCUGAAGACACCUCUUCACGGCGGCAAGACGAAAUGCAUCUUCAUCAUGCAUGCCAAGGAAGAUGAAGAGCGCGAUAAGAUUCGAGAGUGGGCGAGUGAAGCAGAAUCUUUUUUGCGUGUCUGCCUCCCACCAAUGCGUGGGCUCGUAUGGUGCAUGCACUCGAAGCUUAUGUUGCUUUUUCAUCCGGACAAGCUGCGUAUUGCCAUCCCGACGGCAAAUCUACUGAACUUCGACUGGGGCGAGACCGGCCAAAUGGAGAACACUGUUUGGAUGAUUGACCUCCCUAGAUUGCCACAGGGCUCGAGGAACAGCAUCGACGAUCUGACCUUCUUUGGUAAAGAAUUGAUGCACUUUAUUGAGAAGCAAGGUCUCGAUCAAAAUGCCAGAGAUGGACUGCUGGCAUUCGGCUUUACGGCCACGAAAGACAUGGCAUUCAUUCACACGAUCGGAGGGGUCCACUACCGUCAACAGGCGGAACGCACGGGUCUUCUUGGACUUAGCCGUGCCAUUCGAGAACUCAAGCUCACGGCAAGCGACCUCGAGAUUGACUUUGCGGCAUCUUCUAUCGGGCAGCUCAAUGAGAAGUACCUACAAGAUGUCUACUCUUCAGCCUGCGGACAAGACUUGAUCGCACAAGCCGCAAGUGCUAAGAGCAAAGCAUCGGCGGACUUCUUCAAAAAGGGCGCAAAGAAGAAGUCAUUAGCGCCCGACGUCAAUGAGAAGCUGAGGGUCUACUUUCCGACCGAAGAGACAGUCAAAGCAUCCACAGCCGGUGCAGCAGGCACAAUUUGCCUACAGCGCAGUUACUUCGAAGCCAAGACCUUCCCGCGAGACAUCUUCAGGGACUACAAAUCAACUCGACCGGGACUACUCAGCCACAACAAGAUCAUGUGCGCUCGAGGUAAAGGUGUAGGGUGGGUCUACGUCGGCUCGUCGAACAUGUCCAAGUCUGCCUGGGGAGAGCUGCCCAAAGAGCGGAAUGAGAAGAAGAUCACCUGUCGAAACUGGGAGUGUGGAGUUCUGUUGCCAGUUGCGAGGCAGACAUCCGUCAACGUGAAGCAGGAAGUCGAAGGGGAGGACUCGGAGACUGAAGAUAGUGAUGAGGAACCAGAGCAAGCGGCCAUGGUGGAGAUGGAGGCUUUCAAGGGUAUCAUCGACUUGCCGUUCGAGUGCCCUGGAGAGACGUAUAAUGGCCGCGAGCCGUGGUACUUCAAGGAGGAGCACUGA